CUGAAGCAAACAGCUGAGUGCUUAAAAUAAGCGGCCGGCUCCUGUCUAUUACAGUUUUCCAAUAUUUAUAUGCCGAAUAUAUAUUUGAAAUUACUGUUACUAAAAAAGUAAAACUAAAUAUUCUUGUUCUUGAAGGUGAAAGAAAUAGCAGUAAAAUUACUCUUUGAAGCAUGAAACUAUUCAGCAUCAUAUUAAUCUUACAAGCUGCCUUAUUGACUUCUGUUUCUUGUCAAACGGAAUGGCAACCAAAUUAUGGUAGUAAUUACAGACGUUAUCAUGGAAUACUUCAACCAACUCAACCCAGUCAUGUACGACGAUGGGUUGUGCUGCUGGGGCGUAAAGUCGUCCUAAAUUGUUCAGUUGAUUUGCCACCAGAGGUCAAUCCGAGACAAGUACAAUAUAGAUGGGAAAAUCCAGAAGGUAAAGUACUGGGAUACAGCAAACUAUACGUCAUACCAAAUGUGACUAUGAAUGAUGCUGGUGUUUAUACGUGUCAUAGUUCUGCUUAUGUUGGCUUCAAUGGUGAACAGUGGUCUGAUCAACAUCGGCUUUACUUAGAAGUUCAGGAUGAUAUUUCCAUGGCGGGUGGUGGUAGAAAUUCUGAGCCUACAAUUGUACUCAAUCCAGGAGAUCCCGGACCAAUAGAUGUGAAUUUUGGAGAUGUGCUUUAUUCACGUUGUUCAGUUCUUGACGAUGAGCAAUAUUCCUAUAGAUGGAUUCAACGUGCACCUGAUGGAACAAUAAAAGAAAUAUCGUCUGAUGCACGUCUUUACAUAACAAACUUCGGCGCAGAACAUUUACAAUAUCCAAUUCGAUGUGAAGUAACACGACUGUCAGAUGACGAAAUCUUUGAAAAAGUUCUAAAUAUCAAACUCGCAUCAUCAGGUGGCCUUGAUACUGAUGAUGAAUACAAAGCAUUAAAGCUAACCAUCAAACCACUACCAAAUGAAGAUUUUCGCCAAGGAACUAUAAUGAGGCAGUGUCUGUUUGAAGAUGAUCCUGAGGCGAAUCAAUUAUUUGAUUUUCGUUGGAUUGAUCAAAAUGGUCGAGUUGUGACAAGCGGUGAUACACUGUACUUAUUGAUCGAAGACCCAAGUGAUUUGAGCAAUUAUACAUGCGAAGCUACCAAUCGACAAACAGGUGUUAUUUAUCAAGCCAAAUACCGUGUUUCUAUGGCGAACGGUCAACAAGCCAUGCAGCACAUAGUGAAUAUUCGACCAAUUACUGGAGAAGUUAUUAUUGGUAGACCAUAUGAAAUGGUUUGUGAAGUCGAGCCACCACCAGAGGAGCCAAUAAGUUUUUCGUGGUAUCAUAAUGGGAAAGUUAUUCACCGUGAAGCUCUGAUACGCAUGACUUCAUUAUCAUAUCGAGAUAUUGGUACAUAUAUUUGCCGAGCAGAAUGGACACCUAGAUAUUCACGUACUGGAAGUAUAGAUGCUAAUGCUACGGUAGAACUCAGCUUGGCACUAACACGAGAGACGAAGAUUGAAAUGAGUUCUCCACCUGGUUCGGUUAUGGUAUCCUUGCCUGGAGAAACACGUGAACUGCACUGUGAAUUCCCCGUGGCCAAUCCAAAAGACGUCAGGUGGUAUUUCGAAAAUCAGCUGCUAGAAAACCACCCGACUAUAAACGCAAGUGGAAAGAUUUUCCGAAUGGAUCGUUUACGAGUCAGCAUUGUGACCAUUAAAAAUAUUGAAAAUGAUCAUGCUGGAACCUAUGAAUGCAGAAUUGGUCGUGAUGUUAAACAAACUCAUCUGGUUGUCAGAGCUGAGGAAGGAUUAGAAAUUAAUCCUAAAUCGGAUACAGUGGACGAAGGUGCAGCAGUCGAAUUUCACUGUCGUGUACAUGGGUUGGAUGGUGAUAUAAACCGUCAACUGGAAUGGUAUUAUAAACCAUUUCAGAGUCCUACAAGAGUACGUCUUGAUCUUAAUCAACCAGAUGGUUUUCUUCGUCAUGAUGAUCAAUUCGCUCAACACACCAGUUUCAUUAGUAAAGCAAGAGCACGUGUGUCUGAUCAAGGGGAAUACAUCUGUCGUUUACCAGCCCAAGAAGAAGAAGUUAUUGGGAAACUUUUUGUUAGAGCAACCAGGACUUACAUUUUGUCGAUAACUCCGCAGAGGCUUACCGUUCGUCCAUACCAACCUAUAGAAUUCGAGUGUUUUGCUGCAACUGCUGAUGGGCAGCCAGCACCGUUCACACCACGUUUCCAAGUCAGAGACUCUAGAAUCUACUAUGAAACUGUUCGCGUCAGUGAAAACCGUGUCAGAUUCGUUCUUCAAAGAGGCUUAGGAUCUGACCAAAAUGGAACGGUUGUUGAAUGCCUUUCAGACGAACCAAGCAAUCCAGCAGUAGCUGUGAUUGCUGUUGAAGACAUAUGUCCAGAAGGUUCUCGUCGUUGUCGUUCAGGACAGUGUUUACCAUCUGGAAGAUUUUGUGAUGGUGUAAGAGAUUGUGAUGACGGUUCAGAUGAAGACCCUAAACUUUGUAAUGUAUGUGAUCCCAUUUCAAGAAAAUGUGAAUUUUAUCAAGGAAGAGAACCAAUGAAAGCAACCUUUAUGGUACACUGGACCUGUGAUGGUGAAAGUGAUUGCGGAAAUGGAUUCGACGAAGCGAACUGUGAAGCUCGAGCAGCUGAACGUUGUCAAGAUCGUAUGUUUACCUGUUCCCGUGAUAACCGUCAAAUUCCAAUGGCCUUCGUUUGUGACAAGGAUCGUGACUGCAGUGAUGGUGAAGACGAACUUACUUGUGCUGCACCAAUGAUCGCUGAGCCACUUACAACACGUUAUUCUGUUCGUCAGGGUGAUACUGUAGUACUUGUUUGUGAGGUGACUGGUAAUCCUGUGCCAUAUGUUAUUUGGCGUUUCAACUGGGGAUGCCUUCCUGAGGAACCUGGUCGUUUUAGAAUAAGUAAUGUACCAAGAAACUGUGAUUCACCUAUGCCAACAGUUGUAAGUACAUUGACAAUUACAAAUGUUAGGCCAGGAGACGAUGGAAUAUAUAACUGCGAAGGUCUUUCAGGAGCCACUCGAGCUUUAUCCAAUGACUUGGUUGUAAUGAUUGGAGGUUAAGUCAGCAAUCGUAAAAGGAUUAUAACAAAUGGCAAAAGUAAAAUUAACUCAAGAAAAGCUUAGAAAUAUUUUAGUUUACAAAAUUUGUUCCAGGUUUUAUUUAAUUUAUUCGAUACUUCAUAUAUAGCUAUUGUUUUUCAACCAAAAAUGUUAAAAUUAAAACUGAUCAGUUUUUAAAGUAUUGAUAAAAAGUAAAAACUUUUAGCUAUAUUCAAAAAUAUUUAUUUUAUUAUUUAUUUAUUAACCAUACAAUUAACAUAAAAUGUUGAGCCGAGAAAUAAUAACUCAGUUCAAAUGAUUAUUCAGUGUCCAAUCCCAAAAAAUUAAGAAGCUGCAUUUAUAAAAUCUGCCUAGUUAUAAAUUGCUGCAUUUAAUCAUUUUACAUUACCGGAAGUUGUUUUGGCUUAAAUAGUGUCAGUUUAUCCUUUGUUUUCCGAAAGGAUUUUAAACAACAAUGAGAGAACUAAGCUAAUCCUUGAAACGAAAUUGGAGAAUGAAAAUAAGCAUAUUCUUGUAAUCUUAUUUCUUCAACUAAAAUUAGUUUCUUUUUGCCUGUUACAUUUUCGUGGUUUAACAAUUUUAUAAGCUUAUUCAGUUGAUGUGUAUCGCAAUGCUAUUCUUGUUAACUAAUCAUAAAUAUUAUUAUUAUUUUAGAAAUAUUAAUGCUUAUAAAUAUAUUUUUUGUCGCUUAUUUAAAAGAUGUUUUUUUUCCAAUUUCUCUAAUCCAGUAUUAUUUACACUCUCAUAAUACAUAAAAAAUGUUUUCCUAA